UCUCGUCUGUUCUCUGCUGUCUGCUCUGCUCUGAAUGGUUUACUAUAUUUUGAUUCACUAUUCAAUUUGAAUAAUUCUUUCAGUAUUUUUACUUUACUUGUUAAUUAUCAAUCUCAUGGCUUUUAAAGCUGUAUCAUUUGUAUUUAAUACAGAUAAACUUAAUGUUUUUAGCAAAUUAUUUGAAACGAAAUACAGAAUGGGGUGUCUAAAAUACUCUUGUUAUUGAUGUAGGCUAAAUUAAUAUUCUAUCUUGGGAUUGCCAAGUUUAGUUCUUAUCCGGUUCAUUCAUCUUCGUUGGUGAAGGAGUACCAGUCCAAUGGCUGUAAAGAUUUUAGACGAAUCACACUUAGCCAUCAGUGCAAUAGUCACUGUGGCUAUGCAAUUGAUAUUCUUUGGAAUCGCCGCAGGCUACGAGUAUGAUAAAGUGGCUGAUUUCGCUGGAGGAACAAAUUUUAUUAUUAUCGCUCUUUUAACCUUCUUUCUUGGACAAAACUCAUUUAAACCGAGCUAUGAUAGUCGCCAGCUAAUGGUGACAGCGUUUGUGUGCCUGUGGGGAUUCCGGCUCUCCUGCUACCUUCUCUACCGCAUUGUGCAGAUCGGACGAGAUGCUAAAUUUGACGACAGACGGAGCAACACUAUUCGAUUUGCCGUCUUCUGGACGUUUCAGGCAAUCUGGGUGUUCGUGGUGAGCCUGCCUGUGAUUUUCAUCAACGCGCCGCACAAUUCGAUAUCUCGCGGAGCUCCCAAAACGAUGACACCACUCGACUCCACUGGCACCGGCAUGUUCUUCACCGGUCUCAUCAUCGAAACCUACGCCGACCUCCAGAAGUUCUCAUUUCGUCAAGAUCCGGCCAAUAAGGGCAAAUGGUGUAACGAUGGACUAUGGCAAAUGUCGAGGCAUCCGAAUUAUUUCGGUGAAAUUCUUUUGUGGUGGGGAAUAUUCGUGAUCUCGUUGAAUGUGAUCGAGGGAGAGGAGUGGGCCGUUAUUGCCAGUCCAUUGUUCACAACUCUCAUAAUUCUGUUCAUCUCUGGGAUGCCUCCUCUUGAGCGCUCCUCCGACUUCAAAUAUAGAAGCAAUCCAAAAUACCGUCUGUACAAGCAGUCAACAUCGCCACUGAUUCCCAUGCCACCAGCCAUCUACUCCGAGGUACCGGGUGGACUCAAGUGCUUCCUCUGCUUCGAGUUCCCGCUCUACAAUUGGCUGGACGAGAAAGAGCCGGCCCCGCCCCCCGUCGUAGUUCCAGCCAAUAGCAACGCGUCUUAGCAUCAACAGUCGGCGGUCGUCACUAGUGAACUGAUCCGCCUCAGUAAUGCCAACACUCCGCUGCUGAAUAGCACCAGCGUCUAGCCAGUAGCGCCAACUCAUCGAUACUUAAUAGCACUAGUGACCAUUAAGUAAUACCAACUUACCAAUACUUGAUAGCACUAUUGUGUAUGUUCUAAUGCCAACUUACCGUUACUGAAUAGCACUAGUGUCUAGGAAGUAAUGCCUACAUACCAGUACUAAAUAGUAGGUACUAGUGUUAAGUGUAUAAUGCCAAAAUUCAAAAGUUUGGUGGCCCUUUUCGAGGUGUAAAAAUGCCAAUAUUGAACAGCCCUAGCGGCUAGGAAGAAAUGCCAACUUACCAAUACUGAAUAGUAUUACUUGUCAAAUGAACAAUGCCAAAAUACAAAUCCAAAUGUAAAAGGUUGUUGGUCCGUUGCAAGGUGUAAACAUACUGAUAUAUAAUAUCACUAGUGCCUAGGAAGUAAUGCCAACAUACCAAUACUGUAUAGUACUAAUGUAAGGCAGUAAUGGAAAAAUGGUAGAGGUUGACCCGUUUUAUAACUAUACAACCUGUUUAAACAGGUCGGUCAUGAUCAGUUCUGUUGUGGCACAACUACAUGUGGAGAUGAAUAUUACUAACAGGUGAAACCUAUGAUUGAGGCAGCAGAGUCCCGUCCAAUUUGUUUAUUGGUUUCUUAGGACUAUCUCCUAGACCGAACAAUGAGACAGCAUCUGUAAAUGGUUUUUAAUAUUCAUACUUUUAUUUGAGGAGAAUUUUCUUAUGGCAUUUCAGCCAUUGAUUAAUGAGCCAGUACACCUUGAUCAAAAUAAAGAGGUCUGAACUAAGAAAUAGAAGACAUUUUGUUCAAUAACGAGUUCACGAUUUCAUAAAUAUUUUAUUUCUUUGCUUCCUUAUAUUACAGAUAAAUAUAUAUAAGUAGGCUACAGGCCAACUUCUUCCAUUGUACUAAUCUAGUCAGUUAUGGCAACAUACCAAUUAAUAGAUACGGUAUAGCACCAGUGAAGAUCUAUUCACUUCCUUUCAUUGUACUGAGUGGUAGCUUGAGUAGGCCUAUUAUUUUCCCAUUUUCAUUUUUACCAGUAAUCUGGAGAAUCAAUAUGAAUAAUUCAUUCUGUUUUAAUUAAUAUAGGUAAGUAUUGUGAUGUGUUGAAACAUGAUUACCGUCGACCGGGGUGACUUUGUCCCACCUCGCGGAAAAAUAUUCAAAUCAGUCAGACAUUCAAAUAUUAAAUCUCCAAUCUAUGUUAUCCGAAAUCGAUUUUCAACAUUGAUAGCCGUAGCUCUGAUUAUUAUCGAGGUUCUACAAUCGAUAUCUUGAUAUAUUAGUUGAAUUAUCGACAUAAAACAAAACUGCUUGCUUCAUAUUGUGAUUUCGUUGUCGGAAAACUUCCUAUUAGAAAACCUAUUUCUGAAAGAUUCAUGAUAUCGGCGAGUUCAUAUUAGUUUGACCUUUUUAUUAUAUUUCAAUUGGAAUAUCUAUUAAUAUCUACAGUUGAACUGGUUAUUACCAGUUAAAUAGAACGAGGUCACUUUAAGGCUAAACUUGGGGUGACUUUGUCCCAGUAUAAAAAUUGCGAAAUUAUACAAA